UUGGCUCUCAGUCAACAUGGCGGAGGUCAGGCAACGUCUCGGGAGGGGAGCGUACGACUUUACACAGAAAACAUGUAGCCGUUACCUCCUGGAGAGUCAGACGAAGCAACACAACAGUGCAGUUCAAGCUCCGUCUCUAUCGGCGGCCUUUCUGUGGGGCGACGUUCAACAUGGCGAACUGUACGGAGUCGGAACUGCCGCGGGCAGAGUGACCGUUGGAGUUCCUCAGGGCAGUUACACAAGGGUAACGCCGCUGUUUGAUAGUGCUGACAGUGCAUUGGAAAACGGUAAUAUCCCGGAACAUUGUUGUUAUUUUGGACUUAACAAAGGGUAUUCACUUCCUAACAAAACCCGGGUUCAAAUUAUAGAAAGAAAUCCCUCCCGGUGUCAGAGUUAUGCUACGUUUCGACGGACUUUCUGCGCCUUCGGGUCCGGUAGUCGGCUCCAGGGUGUCGGUAGUCGGCUCCAGGGUGUCGGUAGUCGGCUCCAGGGUGUCGGUAGUCGGCUCCAGAGUGUCGGUAGUCGGCGACAGUGCUGCGGCCAUGUACAGUCUGUGUUUAUCAGAGCGUACAGCGACUACGGGACCCAGUCUGAGCCCCUUUACAAAACCAAAACAGGCUACUAUGAGAUCCUGGAGGUGACGCCCACCGCCACUCAAGGCCAAAUAAAAGCAGCCUACUACAAGCAGUCCUUCGUCUACCACCCGGACAGAAACGCGGGCAGCGACGAGGCCACCCUCCGCUUCUCUGAGAUCAGCGAGGCCUACACGGUGCUGGGCAAUAAGACACUGAGGAAGAAAUACGACCUGGGUCUGCUGAGUCUGGCAGACCUCGUCGCAGUAGCCAGACCCUCCGCCAAGGACACUACGGGGAGCAGCGCGAAGCAGCAAACCGGGGGCCGGCGGUCUGCGGCGGACCCAAACAGCCUAGGAGGCAUCUUUGAUUUCGACAAGUUUUUCAAGGCGCACUACACCGAGCAGCUCCAGAGAGAGAGGGAGUUCAGGGCCCGCAAAGAGGAGAUGCUGAGGAAGAAGCAGGAGAAGACUGAGGACGGUAACCUGAGCAAGAUUUCGCAGGUCGGAAUCUUGAUGAUGCUGGCGAUGGCAGUGGCUGUUCUGAUAAGCUUAAAGUAGGGAUGGAAGAUGUUUUGAAGAGGAAUGUUGGCCUUGAUAGGAAUUCUGGACACUUUAAAAUAAAUGUACUGUGGGUCCCUUGAAUCAUCACCUCUCACAAAAGAAGAAAACCAAACGACUGCUGUUAAACACCCUCUGUCUUCUGACCUCUGUGCAGGGAGACAUGGACAUGUCACUGAAAUGAUUUAACAUCUUCACGAUCUUCUAGAGGAUUAUACAGAAAAGCUGCUAAUAAGAUUAAAUGUUUAGUACUGUAUAGCUACUAUAUAGCUCUCAUUCAACACAGUAUUGAUUAGUUGUUGAGAUGAUUUCUGUACACUGGUUUGUAUUUGGUGUAGCCUUUGUCACACACAGUUAAUGCUACUCCCAGCAGCUUUUAUAUAAUUAACAAAAUAUGUCACACUUCUCAGAUGUUAAAGCUGCAGUAGGUAAUUUUUUAUAAAAAUGACUUUUGGCCGUAGUACACGAGAAAAAAUCCUGUCCCUCUGGCUCUUGCUAGUGCUCCUAAAGGCAUUUGUUUGAUUGUUGAGUCUCAUCUCCAGGUUGUCAAAUACAUCUGUGUUUAUGUCACAAAUUACUUAUUUCAUGCGCUACUGUCAGGAUGUAGUGAAAGUUUCAGCAAAGUUAGUUACCCACUGCAGCUUUAAAUGUUGCAAAAUACAAUUGUUUAACGGUGGCAAAAAUAUUUAAAUCAGUAAUUAUCUGAUUAAAGAAUACGUAAUAAGGUCAUAAAUCUGACCGGUCGCUCACAACGUUUGUUCUUUGUCCAGCACCCAGCUUUACCCAGUAAUUAACCCCUGCUGUGCUAGUAGUGAAUGGAGCUGACAAAGGAAGAUUCAGUGGUUGAUUUACAACCUGUAAGUGCUACGGUUUGACUCCUUUGGCUUUUAUAAAGUCAUCUGUCUUGCAGAUUUCUUUAUUUUUAAUGGUGGAGCAAGUUUUGAUUAUGGUUUAAUGUAUUGCUAUCUAUUAAAUAUUUAUAGCAACAUAAGGAAGUGAAUCAGUCGUAACCCUGAAAGCCCAAUGAACAGGGGGAUUAUGGACUGUAAGUUUAUGCUCAGAUAAGUUAAAAAUGAUAGGAUGACAUUAUUGUCAAAAUCAAUGGUUGCAUUGUCCUUAUAUUUAACUAAUAAAUUUCGUCUGAGCAGUGCCUGUCACAGUGAAACAAAA